CUCUUUCUGGUGUAGGAAGUGGGGGUUGGGUGAUGGCAGCUUCAUCUUUAGCCAGGUUUGAUUCCUGCGCUUCUGAAUCAUUAAGAAAACAGACAAAGGAAGGAUUAUUACAACACAGAAGGUUGGGUUCGUCUCCCGUUUUAUCUGUCAAGUACCAACAUUAACAUUCUGACAAGAGAAUGGGGAAGAAGAAGUUCAUCGAUAAGAAAAAAUCUGCUACUUUUCAGCUACUUGCAAGGGACUCAUCCAGUCCCAGUUAUGAUGGUGAUCCCUCUGGAGACAGAGUUUUCGUUAGGGUUGAUGAUAAUCCAUACUCGGUUAAUGGAUUCUUUGACGAAGAUGUCCAUGACGUUGGAGGCACUGCUCAUUCUGGUUAUUCCCUCAAAACUGAUGUCACAAAUGAUCCGAACUCCAUUUUUGCCGAUGCUUCUGGUGACGGUGACGAUGAAGAUGAUGCUGACUAUGACAGAUUUGAGAUCCAUGGAAACCAAAAUCAAAGUCUGGUGACUGGUGCAGGGCCACUACCAGAUCAUGCGAGGAGAGAAAUUUUGGAGCUUGGAUUUCCUGACGACGGUUAUAACUAUCUUGCUCAUCUUCGGGAGAUUAAGAACACUGGAGGUGGUUCUGCCUUUUACCAUAACAGUAAAGCGAAGCUUGAUCAGCUCCCACUUGAUGUGAAGGCUUAUGAUGCUUCGAAGGUACGCAUGCCUCGUUCACUUGCCAAUGAUGAUGCAAAUGAGAAUUCCAUGUACACUACUGCAGCGAAGACUGUGGGUUUAAAGAUUCAGAAGGCUGUUGAUCCUGAAGUUGCAGCUUUACUUGACGACGGUGAUUUGUCUCGGUUUGGCUCAGAUGUGGAGGACUUGGAAGAAGAUUUUGUUGUUCGUGCAAACGUUCCUGAAGAAAAGGAAGAUGUUCUGGAUAAGAAUAUCAAUUCAUUUGACCGAUCCAGGGUAACUGGACAAGAAGUCAGCAAGCAUGCUAUUUGCUAUGCUGAACAACAGGGAUCUCAUUUGCUUGGCUGUGAUGCAUCAAGAAGCCAUGAAGCAGAGCAAGAGAUUGUUACUGAGCAGCCAAGGUUUCGUCGAAUUUUGGAUGAGCAAUUUGAUAUGCUCACACUUCAGGAAUAUGGUACAGACUGUGAUUAUGAUUAUGAUAAUGAUGGUUCCAUAGUUGCAGAAGGUGAUACCCUUGCAGACAAGCUUAAUCAUGUCCUUAAAGAUCAUGUUGUGGAUGAGUUGGAUCUUGUUGACAAAUACAAAGUUCCUGCUGAUUUCUUGCACCAAAGUGGUGGUCCAGACAGUAAAGAACUCGUAGACUCUGCUGCUGAUGUGAUCCGCCGGUGUGCAGAGUAUGCUGAGAUGUACAAUGAAAACAAAGAUAAUGAGGAUGUGAUGGUUCUAGAGGAAAGUAGUGAAGAAUCUGAGGUGUGGGACUGUGAAACUAUUGUUUCAACAUACUCAAAUCUUGAUAACCACCCUGGGAAAAUUGAAGCUCCAGAGUAUGGUAGAAAGAAGAAACUGGCUGAAACUGUCUCUAAAGCUGCUGCCAGCGAGCAUGUUAUUUCUCUUCGUGGAAAGGAGAGGCUUCCAGUUGAAUUUUUACCUCACAGUAGAAAAGUUGUUGCGGAGAAGGUGACGAAAGCACCAAUCACAAAACCUGAGAUACCGAAGAGGAGACCUCAUGGCCAAGAGUCAAAGGAAGAAAAGAAAGGAAGGAAGGUAAGUGCUUCCUGCUUGUUUCAACUUUUCUUAAGUUAUGCCUGAUUCUUCCCUUUUUUU